CUUGGCAGCGCCUGGAGAAGGGCAAGAGACCCACCUGCCUUUCGGACCUGCUCAAAACACAGAAGCGUUUUAGGUCAUUUUUCAUCAGGCUGAAACAAACCAGCUUCUCUGUCAUGGUAUAUCUAGUCCCACCUGUAGCACACCCCAUCCCUUUUUUGAAGAGGAGGGCACAGAAAUCUUCUGUUUUUCUGCAUGUUACACCACCAUAGAGAAACAACCUGCAAAAAAUAGAAGCCCAUUGAGCAGCAAGUUGCACCAUUGUUUCCCCCCCACCUUAAUUUCUCCUCUUCCUUUAUGUAGCUGUAAGCAGCUUUGGGCAAGUUGGAUGUUUUGAAUACCUAGAAAAAAUUAUUUUAACAUGUUUGUAAAACUAACUGGCCUGCUGCAGCCCUCACUACACUGCUGAAACUGCCUGAAGUCGGGCUAGGGCUAAACAGAAAAUGGGCAGAAUGAUGAAGAAAAUGUUUCAGGGCAGAGAUAAGAAGUGGACACAGAAAUAAACAAGUUAAGUGUGUGUGGAAGAAAAGAUUUCUAACUGUGGUGGUUCUCAGAGGCAGUAUCUGCUGGGCACGCUGCAGGUACCACCACAGACAUCCAGGUUUCUUCAGGAUGAAAAUCAGGGUGCAAGAAUAUUGCACAACCAGAUCUCGCCCUGAAGUGGAGCUGAGGUAUGAUUGGGAAAAUAGCAAUUAUUUCUAGGUUGUGUAAUACAGCUGCAGCCAGAGGGGCUGUGUGAGCAAACCUGUGCUGUGUAAGUUACCGCCAAGUAAUUUUGGGGUUAUCAGCUGUACCCUAAAAGGAUAAGGGCUGAUAAUCCUUUAUAUACUCUGCGAUUACUUUUACAGAAGUCUGUGCUGCAUAGCUAACCAAACGCACGCUGUGGCACUGGCUGAGUGCACAGGCUCUCCAGUGCAUCCUUGCCUUUUACUCACGCUCUUACUAAAGACCUACACCAGAUUGACUGUCCCGAUGGAAGUGGUGUCAGCCUGGGCCCCGGCGGUGGGUUUCACACUCCUGCCCCCUGCAGGAGGAUUUUUAGGAAGCAAACUAACCAAAAAGAAACUGCCAGUGUGGUACGAAUCUCUACAGAAGCCAUCCUGGUGCCCACCUAACUGGGUGUUUGCUCCUGUUUGGGGAGCUAUCUAUACAUCGAUGGGAUAUGGCUCCUACCUGGUGUGGAAGGAAGCGGGGGGCUUCAGCAAGAAGUCGGUGAUUCCUCUGGGUCUGUAUGCAGGGCAGCUGGCAUUAAACUGGUCAUGGACUCCAAUAUUUUUUAGAGCUCACAAAAUGGGAUGGGGGUUGGUGACUCUCCUGCUCACGACUGGCACGGCGACAGCUGCAACUGUUUCCUGGUAUAAAGUCAACAAAACAGCAGCUUAUUUGAUGAUUCCUUAUUUAGCUUGGCUAACUCUGGCUUCUGCACUCAACUACCGUGUCUGGAAGGACAAUCGCGACAAGAAGCAAUGCGAAUAAACAGUUCUCAGCCAAAAAGAUAUUUUUUUCUCCCCACAAGAAUUUUCUAAAUAAAGUUAUAGCCUUAUUUUAUUUUUAGCUGAAUUACUUAUACUGUUACAAGCUGACAACGCAGCACUCGUUUAAAGCAAAUAUGCCUUUACUAGGCAAGUCACAAAGGGCUGUAUCCCUGACUGGGUUUUCAAUCAGCACUACCUGUUAGUUUGCUAUAAAAGCACUAGUUUUCUAUAUUACAGCAUUAUAUUUUAUAUGACAACAGCAUUAACUGUUACAAGAAAUAAGCAUGAACUCCAACUUUGUGAUGUUCAGAGGAAGAAAUCCAGCCAUAUAAUAACUCAGCUUCCAGAAAGCUGCUCCUAACAGCGAGAGGCACGAUUGUGGUCUGAAUCAACAGUGUUUUGAAAAUUUAAAUUACAUGUUUACCACUAGACACAGUGCUUUAGUGCUAUGAUGUGUCCCACUAUAGCUGCCAGGUUUCUCUUCUGGUCAUUGUACUCUGGAAGUGUUUAAGAUGAGAUCUUUUUCACAAUUUGUGCCUUCCCACUUUGAAGCACUGUACAAUCUAGUGUCAGCUGAAUGCAUUAAAGUACAUGUAAACUUA